AUGCCAACACUAGAUCAGACAAAAGAGAGAGUUCAAGAGACGGUAAAGCACACGGUCGAACAAGUCAAAGAUGCUGUACCGAAGGAGAUCCCAUCUGCCGCGGAGCUAAAAGAGGACGUUGUUGAAGGCACAAAGAAGUCUGCAGAGAGCUUGCGUGCAUUUGCUGCAGGUGCUGUUGGUGGUGUGUUCUCUGUGGCAGUAGGACAUCCUUUUGAUCUGGUCAAAGUGCGGCUGCAGACUGCCGAGAAGGGGGUGUACACUGGCGCUAUUGAUGUUGUGAAGAAGACGAUUGCGAAAGGUGGACCAAUCUCGUUAUAUGCAGGUGUAUCAGCUCCGUUGACCGGUGUGACGCCUAUGUUCGCCGUAAACUUCUGGGGUUACGAUGUAGGAAAACAGCUCGUACGAUCGGUCUCGGAAGUCAAGGACAACCAAUAUAGCGUUGGGCAGAUCACAGCUGCAGGCUUCUUCUCCGCUAUCCCCAUGACCUUCGUCGCCGCCCCUAUGGAGCGCGUGAAGGUUCUGCUUCAAAUACAAGGCCAGAAAGACCUUAAGCCAGGCGAGAAACCCAAAUACGCUGGCCAGAUGGACGUUGUCCGUCAACUAUACAAGGAAGGCGGUAUCAGGAGUGUAUACAGGGGGAGCGCCAUGACCCUUGCUCGUGAUGGGCCCGGAUCAGCCGUCUAUUUCGCGACAUAUGAGACAAUCAAGCGGAGACUGACGCCAAAGGAUGAAAAUGGGAAGCCUGGCAGUUUAAGUCUGACAGCGGUAUGUGCGGCUGGAGGUGCUGCUGGUGUGGCUAUGUGGCUGCCUGUCUUUCCAGUCGACACGAUCAAGAGCAGACUGCAGAGCGCAGAUGGCAACCCAACAAUAAGUAGCGUGGUGAAAGGACUAUACUCAAAGGGUGGUCUGAAGGCGUUUUUCCCCGGUAUGGGCCCUGCUAUGGCAAGGGCAGUACCAGCUAAUGCAGCAACGUUCUUGGGUGUAGAAUUGGCCCAACAAGCGAUGACGAAGAUGUUUGGGUAA